AUGGUUACGAAGAUCCAGAACACCAUCGAUGAAGCUCCACCAGAGUUUCCUGCCUUGAACUGGCCUGCCUUCAAAGCGACCAUCACCCGCGCCCUCGGCGUCCUCGACCAAGCAGUGCAGGUUCCCGAAGCGCUACAGGGCUGCCUCAGCCAACUGGACCCCAACAUUGACAAUCUAGAAUCGGUACUUGAAAAGAUGCAAAGUCUAACAGAGCAGAUUGAGCUCCAACCAGUAUAUCUUGAACUCCAGAACAUCUUGGCAAAAUGUCCCGCUCCAGCCACCGCGCCCACGACUGCGUUUGAGACGCCACCCACCGACUUUGCAGCAGCUCUGGGCAAACUCGUCAUGCUGCACAAUGUGGAACCCGAGCGCCAAGAACGGCUUACCAGCACCAAUACCAAUAUCAAGCGGCGGGUGCUGGCAUUGAUUGAUGCUCUGGACGCCGUGGCAAGGGCGGGUACCACCGACACUGACACAAUGCAUCGCGUGGACACGUUACGGCAACGCGCACAAUGCUCGGAUGUGAGCGCACCACUUUCGGCCAAGUCGUUACCCGAGGCGUGGGAGCGGCUGUGCCAGGCUCACGAACACCUCAGCUCGCCCAAACAGAAUGGGCUGGAGCAGCUCGCAGACUGGAGAGCAGAACACGAUUAUGAGCAUCAGGACUGGUACCUGACGUUUGUGCUGCACGGGUCGCAAGCCCUGUUGCAGCAGCUGCACGAUAUGAUCGACUGGCAGGCCAAGACGCUGUACGUGCUGACUGCAUGCAAAGAAUAUGCAAGCAGCAUCACGCAGAGCAGCGCAGAUCAAGUUGUAUCCAUUCAUGAGGAGGUGGCCGAGCUGCAAAAGAAAAUUCAGGCAACCACAGCAUUCUUGGCUUUUGUGUCAGACGACAUGCGAGCUGGUAUACAAGCCAACCUGGAUGAAGAGAAGGAACGACUUUCGACGUUGCAGCAGCAGCUAUCGAAGGCAACACAGGUGGACUAG